AUGGCAGAAUUGAUGAAAAAGUAUGGCAUCAUUCACAAGGUGGCUACGGCCUAUCAUUUCCAAACAAAUGGCCAAGCUGAAGUCUCCAACCAGGAAAUCAAGUGCAUAUUAGAGAAAAUUGUGAAGCCUCAUAGGAGGGAUUGGAGUUCUAAGCUCGGAGAUGCGUUAUGGGCCUACCAGACGGCUUAUAAAAUACCAAUUGCUAUGAGCCCGAUCCAGUUAGUCUAUGGGAAGGAUUUCCAUCUCCCGGUGGAGGUAGAGCACAAGGCAUAUUGGGCCGUAAAAGAGUGUUAUGAGAAUUCAAGGCUCUAUAAAGAGAAGAUGAAGGCGGUGCAUGAUAAGCAUAUCAAGAGAAGAGAGUUUAGAGCUGGAGAACUUGCCCUCCUCUACAACUAUAGAUUGAGGUUGAUGCCAGGAAAGUCAAGGUCAAGGUGA